AUGUCUGGGCCGGCGUUGCUGAAACGACGCUCCGCAAAACCGCUGACCAGCAAUCUGCGUCUCCGUCGACUGACGCAAGCCUAUUUACAACCGGUGGAAGAAGUCGAUAACAAACCGUCGAAAACACUGUCGAGAAUUGAUUUGAUUUAUGAUUUGAGUGAGUUUUAUUGGGGGGAAAUCGGAAAAAUGGUACUGUUUCAAGUGAUUUUCAUGUGAAAAAUUGGAAUUUUCAAGUAGUAAGACAAUGAAAAUAUAUGGAUGUUUCACUGUUUCAAAAAAUGUUCAUCUGAAAAUUGUUUUUUUUACGAUGUUACCACACCCUCGAUAUUUUAUUAAUAUGAAAAAUCCAAUAAUUAUUUCAAUGUUUCAAAUAAUUUUAGUUCGAAAAAUUUGAGCAUAAGUAUAAUUUUUUACUGUUUCAAAAAAUUUUCAAAUGUGUAUAAAUGAAGUUUAAAAGUGAUACAACUGCACAUCCUUUAUCAUCAAAAAAUAUAAUGUAUAACAAAUUGGAAAAUGUCACUGUUUCAAGUGAUUUUUAUGUGAAAAAUUGGAAAUUUUAAGUAGUAAGUCAGUGGAAUAAUAAAUCCGAAAUUUUCAAAAUUUUUCACUGUUUCAAAAAAUGUUCAUUCGAAAAUUGUUUUAUUUUCACGAUGUUACCACACCCUCGUAAUUUUGUUAAUAUGAAAAUCCAAGAAUUUCACUGUUUCAAAUAAUUUUAAUUCGAAAAAUUUGAGCAUAGAUUUUUUACUGUUUCAAAAAAUUUUCAAAUUUGCAAAAAAUUAAAUUUAAAAGUGAUAACAGCUGCAUAUCAUUUUGUAUCAAAAAUAUCAUGGUUAACAAUUAGAAAAUGUCACUGUUUUAAGUGAUUUUCAUGUGAAAAAAUAGAAUUUUCGGGUAGUAAGACAAAGGAAAAGAUAUCUGAAAUUUUCAGAAUUUUCACUGUUUCAAAAAUGUGUAUCUGAAAAUUGUUUUUUUGACGAUGUUACCACAAAAAAUCCGAAAAUUAGAAACAAAAUUGCACUGUUUCAAAUAAUUUUAAUUCGGAAAGUUUGAGCACAGAAUUUUUUACUGUUUCAAAAAAUUAUUAAAAAAUAUGAGAAAAAAAAGUUCAACAGUGAUACAACCGCAUAUCUUUUUCUAUCAAAAAAUAUCAUUCUUAACAAUUGGAAAAUGUCACCGUUUCAAGUGAUUUUUAUGUGAAAAAUGGGAAUUUUCAAGUAGAUUGACAGUGGAAUAAGAUAUCUGAAAUUUUCAGAAUUUUCACUGUUUCAAAAAUGUGUAUCUGAAAAUUGUUUUUUUGACGAUGUUACCACAAAAAAUCCGAAAAUUAGAAACAAAAUUUUGCACUGUUUCAAAUAAUUUUAAUUCGAAAAAUUUGAGCAUAGAAUUUUUACUGUUUCAAAAAUUUUUAAAUAUGAAAAAAUUAAAUUUGAAAUUGAUUACAGAUUCAAAGCCUUAUUUUAUAAAAAAAAAUAUCCUGCUUUAAAAUUGGAAAAAUGUCACAGAAACAAAAUUCACUGUUUCAAGUAUUUUUUAGUAGAAAAACUGAAAUUUUUAGGUAUUUCUCCAAAGUUUAUUGCAAAAAUAAAAACCUCAAUUUUCACCAUAAAAUUUUCCUCUAUUUUGAAAAGCUAAAAAAUUCGCUGUUUCAAGAAUUUUUUUAGUUGAAUAAUGACAUUUUGAGAUAUUGCUAACAAAGAUUUUAUUUGCACCGAAAAUUCAAAAAUUUGCUGACAUUUUUUUACUGUUUCAAAAAUUUCUUAUGUGAAAAAUUGAUUCUAAAAUUUAUUCCAUUUAACUUUCAUACAUACUAAAAAAAAUCAAAAAAUAGGAAAACAUUUUAUUGAGAAAAUUUCACUGUUUCAAUUAAUUUUCAUUUGAAACAUUUGAGAUUCUCAAAUAAUGAUAUGACGUUUUCUUUUUCAUACAAAUAUAAAUAUUUUUCACUGUUCCAAUUUAUUUUUACAUCGAAUUUUCAUAUUGAAGUGUGGGAAAACCAUGAAUUUCCAACUAAAGUCAUAUUUUUGCAGCCCAAGAACUAAUAGUUCAAUGUCAAAGUGUGACAAGUGGCCUCUUUCCGCGUUAUUCGAAAGAUCAAGAUGUGGGAUAUGUAAAAGACAGUAUUUAUUGUGCAAUGGCUUGUUGGGCAUGUUCUGUUGCUUAUAAAAGAUUGGAUGAUGAUCGAGGAAGACAAACUGAGUUGAGACAAACAGCUGUCAAAACAAUGAGAGGAAUAUUGUUUUGUUGGAUGCAACAAAGUCAACAUGUAUGUGUUUUUUUUGGAUGAGGCUUGAAAUUCUGACUAUUUUGAUAUCAAAUAUGACUAGGACAUGGUUUUGCGAGCAUUUUGAUACCAAAAACUGUGCCAGGGUUGCAGGAUUUUUUGUUUUGCAAUUCUGGCACGGUUUUUGAGGAAAAAAAACAAAUUCAUUUCAAACACCAGGAAUAUUUUCUUGUUGUGUCUCAUCUGCCACUUCUUCUUGAUCUGAAAUUAAGAUAACUUUAUUGAUUGAAAGUCGAAAAAUAUUCACUUACUAUCGGAAAAGUCGGGAAUUCUGAAAAUUGUGUGAAACACGAUCGAAAUUAUAAUAGCCACAAUAUGGGCAAUGACUAUUGCAAUUAUGAUAUUCAGCAUUUCGAAAAUUGGCAAACAAAAUUUAUGAAAAAAUAAUUAAAAUGUAGAAAUGACACGUCGAACAAUUGUCACGUUCACGUUUUUUUCUAACAUUUUUUAUUUUUUUGUCAUAUUUUUUUUCUAUGGGAAAAUUUAGCCACACUCCUUUUACUCCAGAACGAUUUUCAGCGAAAAUCUGAAAAUUUCAAAAAUGAAAUUUGAUUUCAUUUUGAAGCCUUCGAAAUUCUGUACAAAAAUGAUUCUCAAUAAAUUCAGAUUUCGGCUGAAAAUCGGCUUGAGUCCAGAAAAUGAAAAUUGUGUUCAGGCUAAUUAUGAAGCUUUCAAAUUUUUCUAGAAAAUUAGCCUAACUUCCAGUUUCAAAAAUUUCCGAUUCCGGUCGAAAAUCAGUCCGGAUUUUCAGUAAAAAUUCGAAAUUUGUAAAAAUGAAAUUUUAUAUCAGUUUGUAGACAAAUUUAAAAGCUUCAAAAUGAGGCUAAACAUGAUUUUUAAAAAUUCCAGGUUUCAGCAAAAAUCUGAAAAUUUAUACCAAAAAUUGCGAUUUUCCAGCUCGACUCAUUCAAAUCUCAAAAUUCGUCCGAAUUCGCCCUCCAUGCUCGAUUCGAUCUUUCAUCUGGAAUGUGUCUAACAACUCCAAAUGAUAUUCAUUAUGGACAUUUACAAAUGGAUCUGGCUGCUUUAUAUCUACUCACUUUGGUUCAAAUGAUAUCAGCUGGUGUAAAAGUGAUUUAUACACAUCACGAAGUGAAUUUUAUUCAAAAUUUGGUGUUUUAUAUUGAAAGAACUUAUCGAACUCCCGAUUUUGGAAUGUGGGAAAGAGGAACGAGAUAUAAUAAUGGGAAACCGGAAUUGCAUGCAAGCAGUUUGGGAAUGGUUAAAGCUGCACUUGAAGCGAUUAAUGGAUUCAAUUUAUAUGGAUCAACUGGAACAUCAGCAUCUGUGAUUUAUGUCGAUAUUGAUGGACACAAUAGAAAUCGAACCACUUUUGAGACAAUUCUUCCGAGAGAAAGUAAUUCGAAAAAUACGGAUGCGUCACUGCUUUUAACUGUUGGAUGGCCUGCUUUUGCCACGCAUGAUGAAGUGCUUUUUGAGAAGACUUUGAGGAAAUGUGUGAGAAGAUUGGAGGGAAGAUUUGGGUUGAGAAGGUUUUUGAGGUAGGGAUUUUGGGGUUGGGACCUUUUUAUCAGAUCUCAUUUUGUAGAGAAUUUUAAGGGCUUCAAAAUGAGCCAGAACAAGAUUUUUCAAAAUUCUCAGGUGUCAUGUUUCAACCCGAUUUUCAGUCUAAAUUUUCAAAUUUUCAAAAUCAUGGUUGGGUUUAUUUCAAAGCCUUAGAGUUUGUCUACGAAAUGAGCCUGAACAUGUUUUUGAAAAAUCGCAGGUUUUGGCUGAAAAUCCACCUGAAAUCUGAAAUUAAAAUAUCAAGUUUAGUUUAUUUUUAUAAGCUUCCACAAAAUUAUAACAAAUUUUGGUUGAAAAUGUGAAUUUUCAGGCAGAUCCUUGAUUUUCCAAAAAUCGUAUUUGAUCUCAUUUUGUAAAGAAAUUUAACCUGAAAUGAGGUAUUUUUGAAAAUUUCAGAAUUAGGCUGAAAAUCCAGCCUGAACUUCUGGAUUUUCAGCCGAAAUAUGGAAACUUCAAAAAUCAUGUUUGGGCUCAUUGUUAAAAGUUCAGAAGCUUUAAAAUGAGCCCAAAUAAAAUUAUUUUUUGAAAUCAAAAAAAUUAUUUUCCAGAGAUGGAUAUCGGACUGAAUUAGAAGACAAUAGCCGAAGUUUGUAUGAAGAACAUGAAACUGCGAAAUUUGAUGGAAUUGAAUCGCAAUUCCCCAUUUUUCUCGCCUGCAUUUCACUCACUGCUUAUAUCCGCGGAAAUCAGGAAUAUGGAGAGAUUUAUUUCAAGAAAUUGCAAAAAACAUUGGUGGCUGAUGAAAUGGGUGGGUAUUGUUUUGAGAAUUCAAUAUUCCGUUGAAAAAAAAAUCAAUUAUUCUUUUUCAGUUCCUGGUGGUUUUGUUGUCCCCGAAUGCUAUUGUGUUGAUGAGUUUUUGAUGGAUCGCGAAAAAUUGAAUCCGAACAGCACUGAACUCUAUGCUCAAAAUCAUCAAGAAUUUGGACAUCAUUUGUGGAGCAAUGCGAUUUAUAUCAUUUUGUUGUUGAAAAGUGAGUUUUUGAUGAAUUUUAACCUUCAAAAUUCGUUAAAUUUUGACCCCCGGAAAAAUAUGUUUCAAAAUUGUUUGAUUAAAAAAAUUUGGAAAAAUUGAAUUGAUUCCUUCAGUUUUCCAUAAGCUAAAAUUACAAAAAAAUUACUCGAAAAAUCUAGAAUAACACCUAAUAUUCCGAUUUCUGAAGCUCCGUGGCAAAAUUCGAAUGUUUCAAUUAAUUUUCUGAAAAUCUCAAAAAAUCACUGUUUCAAUAAUUGUAUAUUUAAAAAAACAUUUCAAGAUUGAAUUUGAUUUGUGUUUUCGGUUGAAUUAAGGGAUAAUUUUCAAAAGCCAAAAAUUUCACUGUUUCAGAAUUAUUUUAUCGAUAAUUUCUAAAAUCUUUGCGCAAUACUUUCCACAAUCCAAAACGUGACAUUAAAAUGCGAAAAGACACCUCGGGAAUUAAUACAGUGCUCCACAAAAUUAUACGGUCAACAUGAAAAAUUCCAAAAAAUCGAAAAUCCGGAAAGCAUUAAAUUUUCAUGUUCAUGGGGCUAAAAUGGGCUCAAAAAAGUUCAAUUAUUGGUCCAAAAACAAAAUUGAAAUUCCUGGUGAAAAAAUGAGAAAAUAGAAAAAUCUCAUUUUUGAGUUUUAUCCAAUCCACAAAAUGAAACGGUCAACCAUCAUUUCUCUUAAAUUUCCCAGUUUUUCGGUUAGAUUUCAAUGUGAUUAUGGCUGAAAUGGUGAAUUUCGGUGAUUUUAGAAGUUCAGCGUGAAAAUUAGCAUACCUGGCUAGGUCGCGGGGUCCAAAACAAACCAAAUCAGGGAAACGUAUUUCAGAGUGCCAAAAUCUAGCAAAGUUUGAAACAUUUCCAGGUUCUGUCGACUAAUUCGCCAGAAAAAGGUUAAAUGUAGCCUUCCUGAACUUCAUUGACAAUUUUCCUUUCAGAAAUCAGUGGAAAUUGUGAAAAAUCGAUAAUUUUAUUACCUCGACUUAAUGAAAAAAGCAAAUUUUCGAACUUUCCCAAGGAAAUGAAUUUCCCAUGGCACGGGAUUUUGAAGUUUAUCCAUUGGACACUUCGGAACAUCCAUCAGGUAUGUCCACUGACACAUGAUUAGCCAAAAAAUUGUACAAAAUCCACUUUGGAACCUACCAUAAUGAACUUUUUGAACACGCUGAUCAAUUAACUCAUCUUCGAUGACGAGAUAAGGCGAGUAAUGAAGUCAAAAAUCAAUUUAUGCUUUUGAAAAAAAGUUUUAAGGCUUGUGGUUUUUUGAAAUUGUGUUUUAAUCAACAAAACUGACUGCUACCACUUGUUCCGUUGACCAACCACUUUUUUUUAAAAUUUAAAAAUUUUGAAAUUCAAGUACGCCGUUUUCAUGAUGCUGUUUCUUCAAUUUUUUGGCUAAUCAUGUGUCAGUGGACAUACCUGAUGGAUGUUCCGAAGUGUCCAAUGGAUAAACUUCAAAAUCUCGUGCCAUGGGAUCUUCAUUUCCUUGGGAAAGUUCGAAAAUUUGCUUUUUUCAUUAAGUCGAGGUAAUAAAAUUAUCGAUUUUUUCACAAUUUUCACUGACUUCUGGAAGGAAAAUUGUCAAUGAAGUUCAGAAAGGCUACAUUUAACCUUUUUCUGGCGAAUUAGUCGACAGAACCUGGAAAUGUUUCAAACUUUGCUAGAUUUUGGCACUCUGAAAUACGUUUCCCUGAUUUGGUUUGUUUUGGACCCCGCGACCUAGCCAGGUAUGCUAAUUUUCACGCUGAACUUCUAAAAUCACCGAAAUUCACCAUUUCAGCCAUAAUCACAUUGAAAUCUAACCGAAAAACUGGGAAAUUUAAGAGAAAUGAUGGUUGACCGUUUCAUUUUGUGGAUUGGAUAAAACUCAAAAAUGAGAUUUUUCUAUUUUCUCAUUUUUUCACCAGGAAUUUCAAUUUUGUUUUUGGACCAAUAAUUGAACUUUUUGAGCCCAUUUUAGCCCCAUGAACAUGAAAAUUUAAUGCUUUCCGGAUUUUUCGAUUUUUUGGAAUUUUUCAUGUUGACCGUAUCAUUUUGUGGAGCACUGUGAGUAGAAAGUAGAUAAGUAGAUGCUGCGAGUUCUGAAUUUUUACAUGAUUUUGAAGCUCAAUAUCCACGUGGCAAAGUUCGAAUGUUUUAAUGAAUUUUCUGAAAAUCUCAAAAAAUUCACUGUUUCAAAAUUUUUUUAAUUAAAAAUUGAUUUGGACAUCGGAAUUGCUUUGAAAUUUUUGGAAUUUUGACGACAAAAAAUUCACUUAACAGAGAGAAUUUGAACUUUGGCGCUAGGAACUAGGAAUAAAAAUUAAAUUUUAAAAGUGCUGUCUAAAGUUCUGAUUUUUGGAGCAGGAUAUCCGUGUGCAAAUCUGAGUUUUUUUUUUAAUAAAAAAAAAUAAUCAUUAAAAAAUUCACUGUUUCAAAAAUAUUCUAUAGUUUUUAUUUAGCUAAAAACUGUCGUUACCCCGAAAAAAAUAGGUUUCAAUAUUUUUUGAUUAAAAAAAUUGGAAAAUUUGAUUCGAUACAUUUUUUGUAAACUGUGAAAUCAGAAAAUUUAUUUUUUGGUAGAAAUUUUUUUUUUGAAAAUUUGAUUCCAUGUCGUUUUGAGCUCUAAAAUCCCCCAAUUUUUUCAGGAGAAGGUCUUAUUCACAGUGGCGAUAUCGAUCCAAUAAAUCGUCAUUUGCCAGCUUCUCAACGUCCCAAAAUGUUCAAUCGACAUUCCGCAUUUCAAGGAAGUAUGGAAGGUGAUCCAGUUGUUCAAGUUGCUCUAAUUUCCGAAUCAUCUCGACUUCAAAUGAUGUUAUCCACUUAUGGUAUAACAACACAAACACCACAUGAAGUUGAACCGGUUCAAAUUUGGCCAAGUUGGAGAAUGGUCAAAGUAUUUGAAUGUCUUGGAAGAGAUAAGAAAAUGGAAUUGAGUGGAAGACCGCCGAGACCAUUUGGGCCAUUGAGCACAAGCAAAGUGUUUCGAGUUUUUGGUGAUACUGUACUUUGUUAUCCGCUGCUUUUUGAGGUUAAGGAUUUUUAUGUGAGCUCGGAUCCGGCGGUUUUGAUUGACGAUAUUAAGGUGAGCAAUGUUUUUUUUUAAUUUUUUCUCAAAAAAAAUUCCAAAAAUUUUUCACUGUUUCAAAAAUAUUUCAUCAAAGUUUUCAAAUUGUUCUGGAAUUAUUGAGAUAAUUUAGCUCUUUUCAAAAAAAAACUCAAUUUAUUUUCUCAAAAGUAACGGAAACUUGACAUGAGAACUGAUUAUCAGAAAAUUAUUAGCGCGCUCAAUUAUCCUAUUUUUAGCCAAUUCAUCAAUAAUUUUAUUUUUUCUCUAGAAAAAAUUUCGGCAAAAUUUCACUGUUUCAAAAUAUUAUUUUAUCCUAAAAUUUACGGAUAAUUUUAUGAAAGUUUAGUUGUGGUUCAUCCAUUUUCAAAAAUCUCUGAAUUCAACAUUUUCAAAAUUCCUACAUUUUUUAACUGUUUCAUAAUUAUUAUAUCCUAAAAUUCACGAAAAAUUUUAUGAUAGGUUUGGGUUACCAAUUUUCAAAAAAGCUCUGAAUCUCAAAAAUAUUUCGUUGAACUAAUGGGGCUAUUCAUGUAUUUUCUCAGCAUGUUGAGAAAACAGGAGAAAUGCGGAGGAAAUACAUUUUCUCCGCUUUUUUCGUAUUUUCUCAGCCUACCUGAAUAGGUUUUCUCCGCUUUUCUCCCGUUUUCUCAGCGUUGAAAAAUAACAUGAAUAGCCCCAUAAUCAGAAAAUGUGGAAUUUUUUGAAAAAUUUAAUUUUGGUACAAAAAUUUAAUUUUUCAGUGAGAAUUUCCAAAAAAAAAUUCGAAAAAUUUUCACUGUUUCAAAAUCAUUUCAAUAAAAAAAUUCCAUGGUUAAAAAUCAAUUACUGACUCCUAAUGUCUACCUUUUUAAUAAUCAAUUUCAAUAUAAAAAAAUAAUUCACUGUUUCAAAAAUAUUUUAAGUAAAAAUUUCCAAAACACAAGAGUAUUCUGUACAGUUGAGGUAAACGGGUCAAAAAUUUUAUUCAAAAAAAAUCGCACCAAAUUUCACUGUUUCAGAAUUAUUAUAUCCUAAAAUUCACGGAAAAUUUUACGAUAGUUUUGGGUUAUCAAUUUCCAAAAAGCUCUGAAUUUAUCAUUUUCAAAAUUCCUUCAUUUUUUUGCACUGUUUCAUAAUUCUUUUAUUAUUAUUUUUUUUUUAGAAAUUCAGUGUUAAUUUAUGAUAAAAACAAUAUUUUUCGGACAAUAAAUUAGAAAAUAUCAAAAAUAUUUCGUUAAACUAGUCAGCAAAGAAUUUUUUUCGAACAUUCAAUUUUGGUACAAAAAAUUGAAUUGAGAAUUUCCAAAAAAAAAAUUUUAAAAAUUUUCACUGUUUCAAAUUCAUUUUAAUAAAAAAUUGUUAAAAAAUAGCUCACUCGUAAUGGCAAUUUUAAUUUAAAAAAAAAUUCACUGUUUCAAAAAUAUUUUAAGUAAAAAUUUCAAAAAGCAAGAGUAUUCUGUACAGUUGAAGUGAACAGAUCAAAAGUUUUAUUUCAAAAAAAUUCGCACCAAAUUUUACUGUUUCAAAAUUCUCAUGUUUUAGUUAUUUUUUUCAAUUUUCUAAUAAUAUUAUCAACAAAAUAUCCAUUCCCUAAAAAUUUGUGGUUUUUGACCGAAAUUUUUAAAUUUCGCUUCAUUAUUACCCGAUUUUUCAGCGUGACAUCGAAUUCGUCUCCCGUCGCUGGAAAUUGGCCGGUCGUCCCACAAUGUGUGUUGUUUUGCGCGAGGAAAAUGUGGCUGGCGAAUAUUUCGAUCAUAUUUUAGACCUGUUGGUUCAGCUCAAAAAUGGACAUGUUAAUGGUGUUAGAGUGAGGCUUGGAAGAGUUCAUGUAAGUUUAAUUUAUGAAUAGGUUACGGUAGAUUUUUUGGAAGAAAACACCUGAAAAAUUGGACUUUUUGGGCCAAAAAAGAUCAGAUCUCUCACUUUUUGUGUAUUUUUUUCAGCAACUUUUGAAUUCUUCCUGCAUCGAACAUAUCGAUUUUGCGAAUUCCGACGAUUUAGAAUUCGAUAUUGAUAUUCUGGAAGAAUCACACGAAAAUUCGCAACUUUUUUCGAGAUUAAGCUUAAAAGAAGGAAUUGAUGAUGAUAUGAGCAAUGAAAAAGAUGUAUUAGAUAAAACAGAUCAUGAAUUGUAUCAAAUAAUUGAGAGAGAUGAUAUGGAACGACCCAGAUUAUUAGCAUUUUCGAUUUGGAUUUUGUGGGCAAGAACGAAUCCGGAUUUAUUGGUUCAUAAUUGUGAGUUUUUUGGGUGAAAUAUUGAAUUAAAAAAUUAUUUAUUUGGAAAUUGUGAAAAUUGAUAAGUUUUAGCUCAAGAUUCAUCAAAAAUACGAUUUUUGACUCAUACCGAAAAUUUCCAUUCCCCAAAAUUUUCAGAUGGUUUUUGCUCUAGUCUGGAAGUUUGAGCCCGCUUUCACUCGAAAACAGCUGCAAUUUUUUAAAUGUUGAAAAAUGAUGACAUUUUUGGGAUUUUUUGAAAACAGCUGAAAAUUUGGAAUUUUGUGGUUUUCGUAGUUUUGAGAAAUUUCAACUGUCAAGGAUCAGCGCCUAUAGAGUUCAGAUCUCAAGUAGCUGUAUCUAGAGAGCCUAAUUGUCUAGGACCCUUGACUAGAGAUACACUCUGACAAGUAGCCGAGCCUAGAAAAUGAAAUUUUAAAGGAGCUGCGUCUAGAGAGAAAAAUUGUCAAGCCUGGGCUCAAAAUUCAAAAUCAGAAAAAAAUUAUGAAAUUUAAUUUUCUCAGAAGUUACGCGAACUUACCAUAUUCUGGGCUUUUGAAAAUUCAAAAAUUGGCUUAUAAAAUGUAUCAUAACUCAAUUCACGAUGAUUUUUGUGAAAAAUUGAGAGUCACGAAAUGAUCAGCGUAGUAGAUUUACCCAAAGAUUAUGGUUUUCAGAAAAAUUGAAAUUUUCAGCAAAGUUUUCACGCAAAAAUUUCUUUCUUUGCAGUAACUCUUCGCGAACGCCUCGAAAAAGUCUAUCGCCGAGCAUGUCAACUUCGUCUUUGGUGGCUUGUCAGAUAUUGUGCUGGAAGAUUGCAUAAAUCAAUGAAUUCCCUGGCUCCCGCAAUCACAAAUAUGUUAGUUCGCGGAAAACAAAUCACAAUUGGAAUUCGAAGCAAAGGAACAAGAGAAGAGAUUAUAACUCGACCAAUUGCACCAAAUGAUUUGAAUGCUCUUCUUUUUGAAUGUUGUCCACCGGAUGAGCCACAAAUUGCAGUUUUCCAUCAGGAAUUAAUUAUUGCUUGCUCCGAUUUGAUGUCACAUAAUUCAGAAGCUUUUGAUGGAGUUUUGACGAUUCGAUUGGGAUGGUUGAGUGAUGCGAUUAAUAUGUUAUUGCAAUAUGUUAGAGCGACUGGAGCAUUGAAGAUUCCGGGAUUGGUUGGAGGAACACCGCCGACACCUGGGACUACUGGCAUUCCGAAAGGUAGGGGACAUCCCUUGAGGGGGGGGGGGAUUUUCAAAUCUUGAAAAUUAUUAAUUUUUCACAUUUUUUCUACAAAAAUCUUCAAUUUUCAUCAGUUUUCAUUUUCAAAAAAUCAACUGUUUCAAAAUUGUUAUGAAUAAUUUUGGAAUUUUUCAAAAACUAUUGUGAUUGUGAUUUUCAUUGAUCAUAAAUUUCAAAAAAGAAAACAACUCACUCAAAAAUAUAUUUUUCAAUUAGUGCAAAAUUCUGGAAAAAAUUAACUGUUUCAAAAUUUUUAUGAAUAAUUUUGGAAUGAUUCAAAAUUUAUUAGACAGCCUAAACCAAGCCUGAAAAUAAGCCCAGCCGCACUAAAACUAGGCCUAAAAGUACCUUAGAAACUCACAAUUUUCAGCACUCUAAGCACACUUGCAUGAGCCAAAAAUUGCACUUUUCUCGACAAAAAAAUUCACUGUUUCAAAAAUACACACACUAUUUUUGUUGUUUUUUAGAACUCGAAUUUAUUCGAAAACUUGUCAAAACCAAAUAUCGACGUGACAAAAUGAUUGAGGGUAAUAUUGGAUUUUUGUGUGAAAUUUCUUUGCAUGAUUUUUGUAAUUUUUGUCGUUUUUUUUUCAUAAAAAACUAGGUUUUUUUGUGAAUUUUUGUCUGCUCAUUCUUCUCCUCACUAUUCGUUCCUCGCCAAAAAUGUUGAUGACUUGCGAGAAAUGACGUCCGCCCAAAAUGAAUUCGACGACGGCCUGCAAAAUCAUGAUGUGAGAUUAUCUUUGGCAGGCAGAUCAAUAGUACUUGACUUGAUCUGAUCCGGAUUUUUGGCUUGUUUUUCACUGAUGUCAGAAUAAAACCCCGUUUUUUGUAUUCAAGUAAAAUUACCUACAAAAUGACCAGAAAUCUAAGCUUUUCAGAAAAAACAACUUACAUUAGAAUUAGUGGGAUUACUCAUGUUAGCGAUCAGAUUGAAAGAAAGAGAGAGACGCAGAGGAAAACAGACAGUAUGAAGAUUAGAGACCACGAUAAUGUGAGAGACGCAGAGAUCUCAUUUCCCGAACAUAAAGUUCCGGGUUCCCUAUUUUUUGGCGUCAAACAUCUCGACAGCUGCAAAUUCGCUCAAAAAAAGUGAUUUGAUCUUACAAUGUUCGUAAAUGCACCCUAAAAAUAUCACUUUUCAACACCAAAAAAUCACCUGGAUUUCCUGAUUUUUCUUGAGAACAUGAAGAUUUUCAGACAUUUUUAAGAGUUGAGAUCAAACUACAUAUAAACAAGAAUCCGAGUUUUAAGAACUCGAAACCUUUAAUAUGAGCAAUUGUCUGGUUUUCACAAUCUCAAGAGACGUAGAGAAAUAUUAACAUCUAGAGAUCACACUCUCUUCAGAGACGCAGAGAAGCUCGACAUCUAGAGUGUACAUUUUCUCGAGAGACGCAGAAAUUGACAUUUCGGCGCGAUUUUUGGCGUCAAAACUACUAGAGACCAGGUGAAAAAAGUUAGUUGAUCUUAUAAUGUUCGUAAAUGCACCCACCCUCCAAAAAUGUCUUUUAACAUGAAAAAAUCAGCUGCUACAGGGGGAGACUAUACUGUAGUUUCGCGCAAAAAUAAGAGAUUUUGGCGCGUCAAAAACCACUCUGACUCACAAAAUUUCAAAGAAACUACUAUAAUUAUUGGGUAUAAUCGGUGACAUUUUGUAUAUUGUCUCGCCUACAUAAAUACUUUUAAUUUUAGAUGUUUUUGGUGACGAAAUAGAUGGAAAUCUAAAAAGAUAAUUUUAAGAUAUUUCGCGUAGCUGAAACAUCUUAAAAUUAUCGCCAAAAUUUUUAAAUUCGAAAAUUUAACCUCCCUCACUUCUGUCUGCCUGAUUUUUUUUUCAAUUUUUUCCACUCCAAAAAGGUCACCGACAGCUGCAAAAAACACCUGAAUUUUCAAAGUUUUUGCGCAUUUUAAAUUCCAAAAAUACUAUAACAUCAUGUUUUUUCAACCAACUGCGCAAAAGCCGAAAAAAUUCACCUGUUUUCACGCCAAAAAUCGCCGGAUCGCUGGAUUUUCGGGUGCCAAACUCUAAGGAAGGACACGUGGCAAAUAUUUUGCGCUAAAAAGUUAUGUGUUGAACCCGGAACAGCCUUGAGAUUGCUCAAAAAUUCUUGAGAACAGCUGAAAAUUGGAAAUUCUUUUGUACUUCCAAAGUUGAAGAGUUAUUUUUGGAUACAAAAAUCCACGUGGAAAAACUUCAGGCUACUUGGCCCAGCUACUUGAAAUCGAAGUUCUCAAGGCUCAGCUCCUUGUCAGAGUGGAUCUCUAGGCGCGGCUACUUGACGACUAGUCUCUCAAGGCUCCCAUCCUUGAAGGCACUUGAGAAAGUCCCUCGAAAUCUCCAAAUUCUGAAUCAUCAUCAUCAUAAAUCCAAUCUGAAAAUAGCCUAACAUUUUUUUUUUCGACUAAUACUUUUAUUAGGAAGAUUAUCUCGCUAAUCCCUCGUGUAGUUUCAGCUACGCGAAAUAUCUUAAAAUUAUCUUUUUUUUUAGAUUUCCAUCUAUUUCGUCACCAAAAACAUCUAAAAUUAAAAGUAUUUAUGUAGGCGAGACAAUAUACAAAAUGUCACCGAUUAUACCCAAUAAUUAUAGUAGUUUCUUUGAAAUUUUGUGAGUCAGAGUGGUUUUUGACGCGCCAAAAUCUCUUAUUUUUGCGCGAAACUACAGUAUAGUCUCCCCCUGUAGCAGCUGAUUUUUUCAUGUUAAAAGACAUUUUUGGAGGGUGGGUGCAUUUACGAACAUUAUAAGAUCAACUAACUUUUUCACCUGGUCUCUAGUAGUUUUGACGCCAAAAAUCGCGCCGAAAUGUCAAUUUCUGCGUCUCUCGAGAAAAUGUACACUCUAGAUGUCGAGCUUCUCUGCGUCUCUGAAGAGAGUGUGAUCUCUAGAUGUUAAUAUUUCUCUACGUCUCUUGAGAUUGUGAAAACCAGACAAUUGCUCAUAUUAAAGGUUUCGAGUUCUUAAAACUCGGAUUCUUGUUUAUAUGUAGUUUGAUCUCAACUCUUAAAAAUGUCUGAAAAUCUUCAUGUUCUCAAGAAAAAUCAGGAAAUCCAGGUGAUUUUUUGGUGUUGAAAAGUGAUAUUUUUAGGGGUGCAUUUACGAACAUUGUAAGAUCAAAUCACUUUUUUUGAGCGAAUUUGCAGCUGUCGAGAUGUUUGACGCCAAAAAAUAGGGAACCCGGAACUUUAUGUUCGGGAAAUGAGAUCUCUGCGUCUCUCACAUUAUCGUGGUCUCUAAUCUUCAUACUGUCUGUUUUCCUCUGCGUCUCUCUCUUUCUUUCAAUCUGAUCGCUAACAUGAGUAAUCCCACUAAUUCUAAUGUAAGUUGUUUUUUCUGAAAAGCUUAGAUUUCUGGUCAUUUUGUAGGUAAUUUUACUUGAAUACAAAAAACGGGGUUUUAUUCUGACAUCAGUGAAAAACAAGCCAAAAAUCCGGAUCAGAUCAAGUCAAGUACUAUUGAUCUGCCUGCCAAAGAUAAUCUCACAUCAUGAUUUUGCAGGCCGUCGUCGAAUUCAUUUUGGGCGGACGUCAUUUCUCGCAAGUCAUCAACAUUUUUGGCGAGGGAACGAAUAGUGAGGAGAAGAAUGAGCAGUUGAGAACACCGCGUGGAACAGAAAAGCAACGAAGACAUCAUCAUCACCAUCAUCAGAGAAGUUUGAAUGUGCCGACGAAAGAUCGAAGUCCACCGCCGUCGGCAAGUUCGAAGGAUGUGAAUUGUCGAAUGCAAUAGGUUGGUUUUUUGGAGGGUUUUGAAGAUUUUGGAAGACUUUUAGGAAGUCUAGAGGGCUUUUAAGGAAUCUGGAGGGCUUUCAAGAAAUAUUGAGAUCGUUUAAAAAUUCUGGAGGGCUUAUAAGCGAGCCCUAAAGGAUUCCUUGUUAAGUACCUUAAAACCAUCCCACUCGUUAUACCCUAAUUAGUAUCCCCUCAAAGUUCAUCUAUCUAUUUUCGCCCCAAAAAAUAAAUAAAAAUAACUCUACAAUUUCCCUUCUCCCAAAAGAGUACGAGAGAAAAUCGGAAAUCACCUAUUUUUUCUUUAUUUUUGGCUCAAAUAUUUUGGACCUCCUACUACAAUAUGAUAUCAAAGCAACAAUUUUUUGUGCAUCGAAACUAGAGAAAAUCUGGAAAAAAUAUGGAGAUUAGGAAAUAUUCAUUCAAAAUUUGGGUUAGAGUUCUGGGAAAAACUUUAAAAAGGCCUUAAGGCUUUUAAAUUUAGUUCAAGUAACUUAACUAAGCUCUUGCGGGGUUUCUAUCAAAAAUCGAGCUCUUACAGUACUCCUUUCAUUUAUCUAAUACUUGACUUAAGGUAACUUCUGAGAACCUUAAAGCCUCUCUGUCUUAAGACCUUUUAGUGCCUCCCUUAAUUUUAAACUAAAUCACCUAACUACCCUAAACGCAAUUUUUAUCCACUUCUCCUCCCCCAAGUUUAUUUCAUUUCUAUAAAUAUAUUCUAUAACAAAAAUUGAAAAGUGUACUUAUUGUUUCCUAAUUUCCUUUCCCAAAUGAAUUACCCCUAAUUAUUAUUAUCAUUAUCAAGGUUAUUUCAGGCUUCUUCCUCCUCUUCUCCUUCCCACCUACACCCCCUUUUUCAAAUUGCUCAAAAAUCCAUGCCAUAUUGAUACAAUAA